UACCAGGAAGGCCAUUGUGUUGUCUCUUUUGUUAAGCUAACCUACUGACCGCGUUGCGCCUUUUUUUCAACACAAAUCUCGUUGGCAGCAAAGUGAAACAUGUCCACAAACAUGCCACCGGUUAGCCUGAAUCUGGAGUCACAGCUUUUGUCCAUUAUGGACGUGCUGGUGAAAGCGGCGGUGACAGAAAUCAGCCAGCUGUUCUCGGAGAGCUCGGCGUCUCUCCGUCUGCAUUUAACCCAGAGCUUGAAGGAAAACGAAAACCUGAGGACGAGGAUGAAGGUUAUGAGGAGUGAGCUCUUCUCUCUCAGGCUACAAACCAGAACUAAUCGACCAGCGAGCCGCUUUUCUCCCAUCAGAGGAAACAUAACCAAACCACGAGCUAAGCCACAAGUUCUCAUCAAAUCACAAGUGGCUCAAAAGGCGGGUGGGGAAGCUGCUUCUAUCGUCCUGCAGUCGGAGAAAAAGACCACCUCCUCUGCAGCUCAAGUGCAGUGUGCAGAUGUGGAGAGUCCAGAUGUCAUUCUAAUCAAAGAUGAGGAUGAUGUGGGUGGAUGUGGGCCAGAUGUUGGUGAUCAGGGUGACUUUAGAAACCACAGUCUGCAGGGCGGUGUUGCAACAGGAGCUCAGAAUUUGGAGCCAGCUGGUUCCUCUUGCUCGACAGGUGAUAAUGAGGAGCUGAGAAUCGUGUGCGUUCACGGCCGAGGCGAAGGGCCUCUACAGGAUGAAAGUGACACCCUCUUCUCUGCGUCUGAGCUUCAGGCUUUUAGCUCUCUGUCCGACCACAACGUCAGCCACGACAACCUCCUGAAUUUCACCACCGGCGCAAGUGACAGAGCUCCAAUGAGAGUCACACAGGAUAACAGUGCCGGACUGGUGAGAAACAACCAACUUGAAAGAAAUAAUUCCACACAAAUGGCUCCGACAGCAUCGAACCCUGGAUUGAAAUCACCACUAGUAGUAACUGAGGGUCAAGUGGGGCACCCCAGCCACAUGAGCCAGUUCCCACAGCAGCAGAACGUCUUCCCUCACACCGCCAACAAAUGGCUGGAGUGCAACUUCUGUGGCGAGCACUUCCACAGCCGCGAAGACCUCAUCGUACAUCGCGCGAGUCACACCGGGGAGUCUCCGGUCCCUUGCUCACUGUGCGGCAAGUCGUUUGUCAACAAGACCACACUUAGCAUCCACAUGCGCAUUCACACGGGCGAGAAGCCGUACGCAUGUGCGCAGUGUGGAAAACGCUUCACGCAGAACGGCAGUCUGAAGAUCCACCUGCGGACACACUCUGGAGAGAAGCCGUACACCUGCAGUCAGUGCACAGCCAGUUUCAACAACCCCAGCAACCUUCGCAGACACAUGAUCACACACACCAACGGGGCGCUCUGACCCCAACGGACUAGAAAGACUUGAUAGACUUUGCAGUUUAGAAGCACUUUUACUGUCAUUUGUGCCACAGUGUAAAACUGUUUUGGAUCACGCGCACUUGUAGAUUCCAGGUACGCUGACACAAACAAGCAUGAUCGCUGUUCAGAUUUUUUAACUAUAGGAAAACCGGCUUUCUAUUCUCGAGCGUGCACAACAGAUCCUCAAAUGAAGACACUGAAAUAAAGAACCAUGUCACAGUUAGCAGUGGGUGACUGUGGAUUACUUCUGUUUUGGUCUAUGUUAUUUCAAAAUGGGAUAUCAAUUAUCAUUUAAAGCCUGGACCACAAAAUAAUUGCCAGAAAAUGUUUAAUGAAAUUACUGAACAUUCGGACAAGUUUUUAAAAAUAAUAUUUGAAUACUAAUUUGCAUAUAUGAGUUUAACUUUGUUUCAUAUUUGCUCAUUUUUUGUGUUAGUACCUUAAAAAUGUCAUGUGCAAUUUAUUUAGGUUUGUCAGGAGGAAAAAUUACACUAGAAAUCUCAGAAAUUGCUGUCAAAUGUGAUACGCUACGCAUUAAGGGGUUAAAGUCUAUUUUAUAGCAGACUUCUGUAUCGAUAAAGCACCACGACAAGACUGUUUGUGGCCAGAUUUGAGCAUUUCUGAAUUUUAUUUAUGCACCACAUUUAAUACAGUGUUAUAAAGCAUCCCAGCUCCAUGAUUUGCCCACUGCAGCAAACUGAUAUUUAUUAAAUUUCUGUUUUCUGACCCCAGACUCUGUUCUAGGAAGUACGUUCAGCAUACCCAGGUUAUUCCCUUUAUCUGGAUUCACUUAUCCUAACACUGGUAAUCAGGAUAAGCAGUCACAUGAAGCUGGUUAUCAGCUGGCUAAUUUAGGGUUUCCUCUCCGUGUUCAUAUCAAAGGGGUGGUGUUGGCAGCAUCUGACCAAUCACAAAGAUGGAUAAGUGACAGCAGAGUGGCUGAUUUUACACAAAAAGAUCAAACUGUAGUAUUAGAAAACUAUGAAGCAGUUACACAAUACAAACUGAAAGUAACACAGAUUCUGCAGACAAAGCAGCAGCAGGACUGUGUGUAUGCUUCAAGUGUUUUUGUUAGUAAGACUGGAAAACACCUAUUGUUUUUAAUAAUAUAGCAAGUUGAAGCCAGGAAAGAAAGCUGGCCAAAAAUGCAGACUGUGUAAGUUAACAGAUCCAUCAAUAUCACAAUUCCGUUUAAAGAUCUGAUAGCUGAUAGGUGGUGAUUUUAUACCUGUUGAUCUCUAAUCUCAAAUAUAACCCACACUGGUCUGCAGCAUGAGUUACCAUGGCGAUGUCCAACCUGCAAGAAGUGAAUAAAGGUUAACCCUGAAGUUACCGGGCUUAGUUCAAAUCCACUGAUGUAAAGCUGCUUUUAUAUACUAUAGGGAUACUUUUAAGUAACUGCCGAGCUUCCUCAAAUAAUAAGAUUUAAUUCAGUCUGAAUUUUAAACAAAUUGAGAACGAAAAACACAAAUCAUUACUUAUAACAGUUGUUUUUACAUGUGUAUUAUUUCCUUUAAAAACGCACUACCUCUACUGUUGUCAUUUUUUGCAGGUCUUUUCCUCUUUUUUGUACUUCCUGGAUAGAUAGGGCAAUAAUAUGCUAGUCAGUGUGGAUAUUCUG